AUGCUUAAGGGACUCGUGAGUUUGGUUACCGGAGGAGCUUCAGGACUUGGAAAGGCUACAGUGGAGAGGCUUGUACAGAAUGGUGGAAAAGUGGUCAUUUUAGAUAUUCAAGGAACAAGAGCACAAGAAGUUGCGAAACGUUUGGGUGAAGAUGUUCAUGUUACUGUUGGUUGUAUAACAAAAGAAGAAGAUGUUAAGAAAGCUUUGGAUGCAGCUAAGUCAAAAUUUGGUCGUCUGGACACAUUGGUAAAUUGUGCAGGAUAUGCACAAACGAAUCAAGUAUAUAAUUUUUAUAAGGAUAAAGAAUGUGAACUUGAUUAUUUUGCAAAAUGUGUUAAUGUAAAUACAAUAGGCACAUUCAAUGUAAUAAGGCUUGCAGCUGGAUUAAUAGGUAAAAAUGAGCCUACAGAGGAUGGUCAAAGAGGAGUUAUAGUUAACACUGCAUCAACAAUAGCUUAUGAAGGUGAUAUAGGUCAAGCAGGAUAUGCAGCAUCUACAGCAGCUAUCAUUGGAAUGACAUUACCUAUAGCUAGAGAUCUGUCUUCUCAGGGAAUAAGAGUCUGUACUAUAGCACCAGGUACAUUUGACACUCCACUAGUGUCAUACUUACCAGAAAAAAUGUUAGAAUUUGUCAAACGCAUGACCCCCUUUCCUUCACGGUUGGGUAAACCAGAAGAAUACGCACACCUUGUGACAUGUAUAAUAGAAAAUCCUAUGCUAAAUGGUGAAGUAAUAAGAUUAGACGGUGCCCAAAGAUGGUUUCCACUU